AUGCUUAGCCGCACAAGGUUCUGCCGCGCGGGCCUCAAGAAGGUCCUGGUGGCGAAUCGUGGCGAAAUUGCGUGCCGCAUAUUCCGCACCUGCCGAGAGAUGAGCAUAAAGACUGUGGCGGUUUGCUGCGAGUGUGAGUUGAAUGCGAGGCACGUACAGGAGGCGGAUGAGGCCUUUGUACUGGGCCCACCACCCGCCACACUGUCCUACCUUCGGGGCGAACGGAUUAUUGAGGCAGCAAGGAGGCUUCGCGCCGACGCAGUGCAUCCGGGGUACGGAUUUCUUUCAGAAAGCCCGGAGUUUGCCGCCGCCGUUGCAGGAUCGGGGAUAGAGUUUAUCGGACCCCCGGCCUCGGCCAUGGCCUCAAUGGGUUCCAAGAGCGAAAGCAAGCGCAUCAUGGAAGCCGCAGGGGUUCCCGUCGUGCCAGGCUACUAUGGCGAGGACCAGUCGUUUGAGCGCUUGUUUGAUGAGGCAAAGAAGAUUGGCUUUCCCGUACUCAUCAAGGCUGUUUCAGGCGGUGGUGGGAAGGGUAUGAAGAUUGUGCGGGAUGUGGAGGAGUUCGAAAUCAUGUUGGAAAGCGCAAAGCGUGAGGCCAUGAAUUUCUUUAAGGAUGACCGGGUCCUGCUGGAGCGUUACAUCACGCAGCCACGCCACAUUGAGUGUCAGAUCUUCUUUGACAAAUUUGGAAACGGGGUGUUUUUCUUUGAACGCGACUGCAGUGUUCAAAGGCGGCACCAAAAGGUGAUUGAAGAGGCCCCGGCACCUCAUUUAUCUGCCGAAAUGCGGCAGCAAAUUGGGAAGGUCUCCUUGACGGCGGCAAAGGCGGUUGGGUACGUUGGCGCGGGGACGGUGGAGUUUAUUUUCGACACCGACAACAACACUUUUUUUUUCAUGGAAAUGAACACGCGGCUGCAGGUGGAGCACCCGGUGACGGAAGAGAUAUGCCGCAUCCAAGGAAAACCUCUGGACCUUGUGCGUCUGCAGCUAGAAACGGCCGCAGGGACUCCCUUGGGAUUCACGCAGGAGGAUAUUUUGAUUCAUGGGGCAUGCGUGGAGAGUCGAAUAUACGCAGAAUCCCCUGAGAAUGGGUUUUUGCCGGGCAGUGGAAGGCUGGAAUACAUUCAGGAACCGCCACAGGGCAUGCAUGGAGGCACAAAGGUCCGACUCGACACAGGCUUCCGUCCUGGAGACGAGGUGCUUCUCCACUACGAUCCCAUGAUUGCAAAGCUGGUGGUUUGGGGCGAGGAUCGCUCCAAGGCGCUCGAAGGAAUGCGUACGGCCUUGGACGACUACCACAUCGUUGGUGUACAGACAAACGUUGAGUUUCUCAAGCGCUGCCUACAGAAUUCCGCCUUUAUCGAAGGUGGCGUGACGACGAAUUUUAUUGAGAAGAACCUAACUUACCUGCUCCAAAAGCAACCUCUCAGGAAGCCUGUUCUCGCAUUGGGUGCCGUAUCCUUUUUGAACAGCUGUGGAUCCGCCACAUCUGCAUUUCGCUUAAACCAUGCACUCGUUCAACGUGUUGCGUUUCUUAUAGAUGGUCGCCCUGUCACUGUAACGGUGAAUGUUUCUUGUGACGGUCAUUUCCUUUGCGACGUUGAUGGUGACCGCUGCAGGAUUACGGUGGAGCAAUGGAGCCCCAUAAACAAUGACACCUUUGCCUUCUCCGUAAGGAUGGAUGACGGGUGCCGCUUUGAUUGUACUUCUGUUGUGGCAAGCAAGGAGAUUGCCUUGGUUCUGCCAGAGGGCUUUUAUACCUUAAAGCUACCGUCGCUGGCUGAAGACUUUGGCAAUGCGGCCCUGCAGGAAGCCGGGUCGGCGCGUGUGGUGAGCCCCAUGCCGGGGAAGGUGACCAAGCUGCUUGUGCCCAACGGUGCGACGGUCAAGCAGGGUCAGCCAAUUCUCAUGCUUGAGGCGAUGAAAAUGGAGCACUUUGUCAGGGCGACCUGUGAGGGUGAGUUGGAGUUUUGCGUGAGGGAAGGCGAGACGGCGGGCGGGGGCCACCUGCUCGCCAAUAUUACUCCGCCAUCAUAG